ACCAGCCCACAGCGAGCUCGAUCCAAAACCUCGAACCUCUUUCUCGCCCCCAAAAGCAAAACAAUGGAGACCAAGGCCGACGUCGCCGCCGGCGGCGGCGACGACCUCGCGACCAUGCGCGAGCAGUGCCGGAGCAUGGAGGAGGCCAUCUCCUUCCGCCGCGAGGCGCAGCUAGGCCUCGUCGGCUCCCUCCAGCACCUCGUCCCGGACCUUGUCCCCUCCCUCGACCGUUCCCUCCGCCUUAUCGCCGCCUUCAACGACCGCCCCUUCACCCCUACCCCAAAUCCCAACGCCUGUGACCCCCAGAACCCCAGCCUGAAGCCCCACCACCGCCGCGCCGUCCCCGACCCGGCCCGCUCCACCCGCCGCAAGACCUCUCCGGGGUCCUCCCCGGCCUCCGCCACCGUGGGAGGCGCUGCCCCCGGUGGCCUCGACGCGGUACGCACCAUGGUGGCUGUAUUCCUCCUCGAGCUUAUCCCCUUCGCCGAGAUCGACGCCGCCGUGCUCGCCCGCCGCUUACAGGCUGAAACCUCCUCAGCCAGCGAUGCGGAGCGGGCGGCUCUUGCCGACCUAGCGACGGAGCUCGGCGGCUCCGUGCCUGCCGCUGUAGCUCUCGCCCUCCGACGCAUAGCUGAGGACAGCGGCGGCGUGCAGAUCGAGGAGGCCAUGAUUGGAGGCAAGCAGAUGAUGAUGGUCUGGGCCAUCGACCGUAGCAAGCUCCUCAAAGAGCUACCGGAAUCUGCCACAUUGUUGUCACCUCAACCUCCACCCAUACCACAGGCGACAUCGUCCGAGACCGACACUAACAGUGCAACCAUACCAAGACCACCACCACAUCAGCAGCAACAGCCGGAUAUGUGGGCGCACUCAAUGCCACCGAUGUUCCCACGGCCCAGGGGCAUGACAAUGCCGGGGAUGCAGAGGAUGAUGCCAGGAUUGAUGCCACUUCAGCGCCCGUUCAUGGCUCCAAGCUCAGGGCCUAGUCCUACCAAGCAGAACCAGAGGACCGAGGAGGAGGACCUGAAGGACCUCGAGGUUCUGCUUAGUAAGAAGACAUAUAAGGAGAAGCAGAACACAAAAACUGGGGAGGAGCUGCUAGAUCUCAUUCACCGGCCAACGGCAAAAGAGACGGCUGUUGCAGCAAAGUUCAAAACAAAGGGUGGUUCCCAGCUGAAGGAGUAUUGCACCAAUUUAACUAAAGAAGAUUGCAGACGCCAAUCUGGUUCUUUUGUUUCCUGUGCUAAGGUUCACUUUCGCCGUAUUAUUGCUCUACAUACUGAUACAAAUCUAGGAGAUUGCUCUUUUCUGGACACCUGCCGCCACACUAAGACUUGCAAGUAUGUCCACUAUGAGCUUGAUCAAACACCAGAUAUAGCUCCAAUGAUGGCUGGCACCCUUGCUCCUCCUAGGCAAAUAAAGCCCCAUAGAGCUGAAUAUUGUUCAGAAAUAGAGCUUGGAGAGUCACAAUGGAUAAACUGUGACAUUCGGAACUUCAGAAUGGACAUCUUAGGGCAAUUUGGGGUAAUUAUGGCUGAUCCUCCGUGGGAUAUUCAUAUGGAACUGCCAUAUGGCACAAUGGCUGACGAUGAAAUGAGGACUCUUAAUGUGCCUGCUUUACAAACGGAUGGUUUGAUUUUCUUAUGGGUCACCGGCCGUGCGAUGGAACUUGGUCGGGAGUGUUUGGAGCUCUGGGGAUACAAGCGUGUUGAGGAAAUUAUUUGGGUGAAGACCAAUCAACUUCAACGCAUUAUUCGUACUGGCCGCACUGGCCAUUGGUUGAACCACAGUAAAGAACAUUGUCUUGUUGGAAUAAAAGGGAGUCCCCUAGUGAACAGGAAUAUAGACACUGAUGUUAUUGUUGCUGAAGUGCGUGAAACAAGCAGAAAACCCGACGAGAUGUACGCCAUGCUAGAGCGGAUAAGCCCAAGGACAAGGAAGCUCGAACUGUUUGCUAGAAUGCAUAACACACAAGCUGGAUGGCUCUCUCUUGGCAACCAGGUAAGCGGAACAAGGCUUGUGGAUGAAGGGCUGAGGGCAAGGUACAAAGCUGCUUAUCCAGAUUUCGAGGUGCAGCCGCCAUCACCUCCCAGAGCAACCGCGCCUAUGGAUGUUGAUCAGAGUACUCCGUCACAGAAGCCUGUUGCAUCAGACGGUGAGCGGCCAGCCUGAUUUUGGCACCCUCUGGGUACAUGAGACUGCUCUUGCAAGGGUCUACUGUUGUUUGUCUACAUAGUUCUUGUCACCUGUUAUCCUUGUCACUGCUGUACUUGUAGAAAUAGGCAAGGCAUGGGAUGGUGAAGGAGCAGAGUGUAAGCCUUCACUGAUAUAUCAGCAAUAUGCCUGCCGGUCUAAGCCCAUCAGUACACUCGAUUUGUCUGUUCAUUAUAGAAUGACCAAAUGCCUGGUGAAUUUCAGUUU